AUGGUCUGGCGGGCUUGUACAAAUUGCCUUCCCACCAUGAUUCAACUCCGUACUAAGCAUGUGGAUGUUGCAAUAGAGUGCCCGAUGUGUAAUGAGAGUGAGGAGUCAAUUGUUCAUUGUUUGGUUGAUUGUCCAGCGGCACAAAGAUGCUGGAACAGAGUGGGAAUCGGGACUGGGGUGGCUACGGUUGCUGGUUUUUCCAGCUGGUUUGAGGCGUGUUUCCAGCAGUCAAAUGAAGACAGCCGAGACAUGCUUGCUGCAACAUGUUGGGCGCUUUGGGGGGCCCGUAACGACAAGGUUUGGAACCAAAAAAACACUGAUACAAUGGAAGUAGUGUCAUCUGCAAAGAGUUAUCUUGAACAAUGGAAAGUUGCUCAAGUUUCGGGAUUCGAAACUACAUUAUCUGGUUUAACCAAAGAUGAUGGAGCGGAGCAAUGGAGAUUACCACCGUCGAAUAGUGUCAAGAUCAAUGUAGAUGGAGCUAUUUUUGCAGAUACCAACGAGUUCGGCCUUGGUGUUGUUGUUCGUGAUGACAAAGGGUUCUUAGUGGAAGGGAAGACAAGGAUUUUCCAUGGGAAAGUGGCUGCGGAAGUGGCUGAAGCUUUGAGCUUCAGAGAAGCGCUCAGUUGGAUAAAACAAAAUCCAAAUUGGCCACAAGUUAUUGUGGAAACCGACUGUUUGCUUGUGGUACAAUCAUUAAGGAGCUCCUUUAGAAUGAUUUCUGUGUUUGGUGAUUUGAUUAAUGAUUGUAAGUUGAUGCUUAAUGAUUUAUCCUUUAUUUCGUUUUCUUUUGUUAAACGAUCUGCGAAUGUGGUUGCUCAUAGUUUUGCUAGAGCGUCCCGUUCAUAUCCUGAUCGUAUCUUCAGCUUGGGGGAUGUCCCAACUGAGUUGUUAUCGUGCUUGGUAACAGAGUUUGAUGCUUAA